CCCCGGGAUGAAAGAUGGCACCCCACAGUCCCCCGGGGGGAAAGAUGGCACCCCACAGUCCCCCGGGAUGAAAGAUGGCACCUUGCAGUCCCCCGGGGUGAAGGAUGGCCGCCCGAAGUCUCCCAGGAUGAGAGAGGGCACCCAGCAGUCCCCCUCUGGCUACACCCUGCAGGACGUGAACUUCGGGCGGCUGUACAAGGCCGCCACGCAGACCAGCAAGCGUGUGCUGAAGGCGGUGUUCCUGGUGGUGAUGCUCCGCGCGCGCGUGGCCGUGGUGGACGUCUGGCCCGCCACCGUGGCGGAGUACUGCCAACGGGUGCUGGGCUGGGCCAACACAAAGCUGCGCCAAAACUUCAACAGCGAGGAGCGCAUCCUGCUGCAGCAGCCCGUGGAGGAGGUGGACAUGGACGUGUCGCUGCUCUUCAAGCUGAUGCACAAGCUGUUCGAGAACCUGAGCGUGCCGGACACGCUGUGGCGCGCCCUGAGGGACCUGAAGAACAUGCGGAACCGUGUGUGUCACGAGCACCUGGUGCUGGACGACUACGAACUGACGCAGAACCUCAGCGAGCUGAAGGCGAUUUACGGCGUGGUGCUGGACGAGGUGAGCGAGGCGUUCGCAGUGCAGCUGAAGGAGGUGAGGCGGACGGUAAGCGACGAGGUGGACGAGAUGAUGUCCUCGGCGGUGAUGGUGGAGGCCUCGCAGUACUUCGAGAAGGUGGAACAGUUCCGCAUCGAGCUGGUGGGCCGGUUCAUCUCGCAGGGGCAGAGGGAGCUGAUGGAUCGCUACUCCAAGCUGCAGGUGCUGAACCCCUUCACCUGGCUCAGCAGCGACAGGUUCCCGCAGCUCCACGUGCGCAGGAUCUUCACGCCGCUGCUCAUCAUGGACCAGAGCAGGACGGUGGAGGACUCGGCGCUGUUGGCCACCGAGACGUUGAACCCCGACACGGGCGAGGAGUCCGGCGUGCUGCCUGACGUGGUGUUGCUGUCCGGCAUCGCGGGCUGCGGCAAGACCUCACUGUGCCGCUUCCUGCUGCACGACUGGCGCACGCACGGGGGUGCCGUGAUGUCCCUCAGGGGCGUGGACAUCCUGCUUCACAUCGAGGCCAGGAACGUGACCUCCUGCUCCCUCAUCACCUUCCUGCAGAAGAUCCUGCUGCCGGACACCUGCAGCAAGUUUGAGGAGAAGGACGUGGUGCAGGCGCUUCGGCAGAUAUCUGUGCUGUAUGUCAUUGACGGCAUGGACGAGGCCACCAGGGACGCCAGGAUGCUGCUGCGCGACGUGUUCUCGCUGGCCAGCGGGUCGCGCAUCGUGGUCACCACGCGGCCAGAGUACAUCUCAGACGUGACGCAGCUGGCGGAGCAGCACCAUCUGUCCUACAUGAAGCUGACGGUGCACGGCUUCUCCGACGAGGGCAGGAGAACCUUCAUUUCGAGGGUGCUGACUGCCUUCGUUUCUGACGAGGCUCAGCGGAGUCCUCAGGAGAUUGAGUUACUCAAGUUCCUGAGGACGUCCUGCUCAGGGCUGGCCGGUCACCUCAAGCUGCCACUCACGCUGGCGCUGCUGGUGUGCCUGUGGCUGGACGACAAGACGCGCAUCGCCAAGGUCACCUCCGCCACCAAGCUGUACUCGGAGAUCUUCAGGCUGUGCACCACCAAGUUGGCGACUCGGUUCCAGGGCGGCGCCGCCACGCACCCGAUGGACCUGCAGGGCUUCGUGGAGACAUGGCUACUGGCGCUGGGAGGCAGCGCCUACCGCAUGCUGGAGGAGGGCCGCCUGGUGAUUGACGACGAGACCCAGCAGGAGCUGACCAGCCUGUGCGAGGCGAAGGGCAUUGCCAGCCUGCAGGUGUUCUCUGCCUUCCUGCAGUGCGAGGUGGAGGCUGGCCUGCUCGGCAUGAACCACCACUUUGCCUUCGUGCACAAGAGUCAGAUGGAGUACCUGGCCGCCCUGUACCUCGCCACCGAGUUGAUCACGGCCUCCCGCUCCAGCAACACCUCCGUCAGGACCACGCUGGAGGGAUUAAAAAUCUUCAGGAGGAGCCUCAAAAAGGAGAGCAGGCGUGACAUCCACGACAUUAUCCUGUUCUCCGGGUGGGGCGCCAAGUGGGUCAACACGUGGCUCUUCGUGGUGGGCCACCUGUGCAUGAAGAAGGCGGCGGACGCCGUGCUGGAGGCCGUGCUGGAGGCCAUCGUGUCCGUGCCCGCCGUCACGCACAACGAGGGCACCAUGUGGCGCUUGGUGGAGGAGUCAGGCCGCAACCCUCUGGUGCGGGAGAAGGUCGGCGCAGCCAUGACCAAAGACUACUUCUGGAAGCCGCGCGAGGAGGACCUGUGUGACGCAGCCCACUCUGUGGCCAUGCUGAUACAGCACACGCCCUUCACGCCGCGCUCCGUGGUGCUGCGCCUGGUGGGCAGCGUGUGCGGGAUGCAGCUGGUGCAGGAGGGCGGUCUCGUGCACAGGGCUAACUAUGAAGGCCUCACGUCCGUGCUGACUACGAUCUCGCAGCGCCCCAAGUGCAAGGUACACCUCAAGCUGGACCGCUUGUAUUACACCUGGGGCGACCAGGAGACCGCGGACCACCUGGUCAGACUGCUGCAGCCCAGCGGCAACCUGGUGUGCUUCUUAGGCCACCUGGGGCCGCCAGGAGCCGCCGCCCUCGUCCCCAGGAAGGAGAUGAAAGAGCUGACAGUGCGCGUCACCAGCACAGAGGCACUGCAGGAGCUGGCGCGGGGCGUGCUGAGCAGUUCCAACAAGGUGCUCAGACUGACGCUGCGCCUCGACCUUCCCUGGGCCUCGCUGCCUGACCCUCUGCCGUGCGUGAGCGCUGGUCUUAUUUUCAUCGUAAUACGUGGUGUGGAGGACGCCAACGCCGCCGCCGCCGCCAAGGUCAUGGGCCAGCUGACCCAGACCUUCUUCCAGGUGGACCUGGUGGCGUCGCGCCUCACGCCGGAGGGCGCUGCCACAUUCCUGAACGCACUGUGUGCCGCCAAGGUCACCAUCGAGCACUGCUUGGUGGUGCGCUCCCCCCAACCCCUGCAACAACACGCCCGCGCCAACCUGCAGGACCUCAUGGGCGACGCCUCCCUGCAGUGGUGGUGGUGAAGUGUGUGUGUGUGUGUGUGUGUGUGUGUGUGUGUGUGUGUUAUUUGUACAUACAUUUUUCGCCAAUAGAUUCAGAUUGUUUA